AAAGGAUCAACGUUUGGCGCUCCUCGUCAACUCUAUUCCACUCUUCAACCGGUCUAAUUCCCUGUUUUUUUUUAAAUUUUAUUCUUCCUUGUUUGUAAAAUUUUAAAUUUAUUUUCUUCGUGAUUUCCCGCCACAUCACGCACACACACUCAUUUUGUUGUCUGUUUUCUUUCUGUCUCUACCAUGAACAAUUUUCUUCCCAACUAAAACGUGAAAAAGAAAAUUUUUAAAAAAAUCAUUUCGCACAAUUUUUGACCAAGAAAAAAGUUAGCAAAACAAUUCUCGUUAUGAAUGAAAUUCAAAACUCUUUGCAACAAUUGCAACUGUCUUCUCAAAAAUCGGUAAAGGACACCCCAUUCCGUCGGGAGGUGAUCGCACCGGACAAGCAUCCCAGGGUUCGAUGGCAUUCAGAAUUAUAUGUCUCGGUUUGUAGAAAUGUCGGAGAAUCUCUUAUUUUUGUGCUAUUCCUCGCCACGUGUUUCGUGUUGGGACCUUCGUUGAUCGCUUUCAUGUACCCAAAUAUUAUCGUUCCGUUUAAUGCCAGCCUUGAAUGGAAAUGUGCCCAUCCGAACCAAGUUCAGAACUCGAAAAAUUUGGCUUGGGCCACGAAUCUUUCUACGGGCGGUUCGGAAGUUAAUAUAAAAUUCUACGUGAAGAACAAAAAAUUGUCACUGGAUGAGCUCGAGCGUGUGCUGCUAGUGAUCGAUGAUUGUGGUUUCGACGAUUUUCAGGAUAAUGUCUUGUUGUGCCGCCCGUAUUCCCAAAACGGACCGAAACUGACGUUUAAGGAAUACAUGGACAUCGCUGAAAUCUGCUAUCAUUACGUUAGGCAAAUGACGAGGAAGGCUAAAAUUUCAGCGUUUGGUAAAGGAAUUGCAGCCAACAUUCUCCUGGCGGCUGCUGGAAAUCUCCGAGAUGAAUAUUGUUUCUCGUUUGACUAUAUUUUCAUGGAAAAUCCCAUCAAUGAUGUCCGCAAAGAAUUUGAAAGCAAAAGUUUCAUUGGAAUUGCAUUUAUGCUUCCUUGGAUGCGUGAGCAGAUGAUAACUUCCACGAUUCGAGACUUUGGACUAGAUCUGGCAGAGAUUAUGGAUAAUCUGAAGCGAGUCAAUACGAAGGUCACUGAGCUAGUUGUAGGCGAGAAUGCGAUCUACGGAAAUUAUGGUGGAUCCGUUGGAAAAGGACAUCGGAAGAAGAUCUUUGAGUACAUGAAAAAGAAUCCAGACCCAUCGGCAAAAAAUGCGACAGGCGGCUUCGAGUUCAGACAUCCUGGCGAGGGAGAUUGUGCAAAGAAGUUCAACAAGCCGCUAACUUCUGUGAUGAUAAUCUGAACUUGAAAAUUGAAUCUUUGUUAACUAUGAAUUGAUAAAUAAUACAAAAAA